CAUCCGCUCAUUCAUCCCGCCCUUUCCUGUUCUUCUACUAAAACCUUUUGUAUGAACUGUUGCCGGGGAUCCAAGUCCAGAAAAUCCGGUAAGCCUGAGACAACUACUGUACUGAAGUGCCAGGUUGAAGAUGAUGGCAGCUCAGAUAGACAGAGUGAUGGCACUAAGUGAAUGGGAGGAUAAAUGGCAGGAAGGAAGGAUUGGCUUCCACCAACCUCACAUUCACCAAAUGCUAAAGGAUAAUCUAGACAAAGUCUUGUGUGGACGACAGCAGGUUCGGGUUUUCUUCCCUCUCUGUGGUAAGGCCGUAGACAUGAAAUGGCUGGCUGACAUGGGUCAUGUGAUUGUUGGGGUUGAGAUUUCUGAGAAAGCGAUAAAGCAGUUUUUUGAAGAACACAGCCUAGAGUACAAAGAAGAGCCAGUGCCGGCUAUACCUGAAGCAAAGGUGUUCAAGAGUUCUGAUGCAAAGAUCUCCCUCUAUCAGUGCGAUUUAUACAAGUUCUCCAGUGCUAUAGAGGGUCACUUUGGAGGGAUUUGGGACAGGGGUUCACUGGUUGCCAUAAACCCAUGUGACAGGCAAAAGUAUGCCACUCUCAUCAUGUCCUUGAUGGACAAAGACUGCAGGUAUUUACUGGACACACUGGAAUACAACCCUGAAUUUUACGAAGGGCCACCAUUUUUUGUGCCUGAAGAAGCUGUGAAAAGUUUAUAUGGUGAUGCUUGUGACAUUGAGCUGGUGCAGACUAGAGAUGCCUUUGGAGAAAGAUAUAAAGCAUGGGGAAUAGACUCGCUUCUAGAGAAGGUGUACCUGCUGAGUCCAAAAACCAACUUGAACUAACUAACAGACUUUUAGGAAUGAUGUUUUAGUGAAAGAAAAUAUCUUGUAAAUUUAGUAAAGAGUUUGGAUAGAUAGAUAGAUAGAUAGAUAGAUAGAUAGAUAGAUAGAUAGAUAGAUAGAUAGAUAGAUAGAUAGAUAGAUAGAUAGAUACACACACUAUAUUUCCCUAUACUCAAGACAGAAGAGUGCUGAGGCAGCCUGGGGAUUAUUGGGGUAAUCAAAAUAGCAAACAUUUAAAAAAUGCUCUAUUUUCUUCACAAGAAUCAGUGGAAGUGACUAAAUCUCAAUAAUACACCUUUGUAUUCCUUGUAAUACUGAAAAUUAUAUUUAAAUAUGUCAAUCAUCAUGACAGUAUUGCACAUCUAAAAAUUAGCCUUAAAAUUUAGAAGACCUUUAAUGUCAAAAUCAUUAUUGCAUAUUUUCCAAAAGGUGACAUUACCUCAUGAUCACAGAACAGCAGUUGAAAAAUGAACCUCAUUAGCAGAAUGAACCUCAUUAGAGAGCAACAGAUACCUGAAAUGAUUACAGCGAAACCACGGAAUGAUCCCUUAAUUAUUCUAUCAGACCUAACUCAUUAAUGACGUUAUCAUAGUAUCAGAAGGCAGCGUUAAAAGAUUUCCAUGCACAAAGCCUGAUCCUGAGGAAGAACACACUGUAACGCAGCCUGGCGAGACAUUUUUAUUCUUUGCACAUCUGGCUGGGUUUUUAUCUUUAAAGAAAAUCACAGGAACCCUUUAACCCACACCACCUGCUCCAACACAACAGUGAUUAUGUUUUCCCAUAGAUGGUUCGAUUACCUGCUAGUGUGUGUGCUGCAGCACUCCAGAGAAGACAGUAAAAAAAAAAAAAAACAGAUGACAGAAAAAGUAACAAAUCAAAUGGCUGCUGUUUGCUUCUGUUUUUUUUUUUUUAAUCUCCUGUAUGCAUGUCAACAUCAAUACACUAACCACUAGCUUGUCCAGCAGGUAUUCAAAGAAAAAAUCUUAUUUUUUCCACAUUGCCUUGUUCAAGUGCUCACGGUAACAAAAGAAAAAGCUAAAUUCCCAAGUGAUUUAGGUUGUUUCCAUUUAUGCAUUUGAUCUACACCUGUGAAAAGUUAUUUUAAAUAAAUCAUAUAUACUACA